AUGGCCACCCAGCUGCUGACUGAUGAGGCCCUGGAAUCAGUGACGUUCAGGGAUGUGACAGUGGACUUCACCCAGGAGGAGUGGCAGCAGUUGGAGCCUGCCCAGAAGGACCUGUACAGAGAUGUGAUGCUGGAGAACUACAGGAACCUGGUCUCUCUGGGUAAGGGGGCAGCUUCACUGAAUUACUCACCAUCGGCCUGUCACUUGAGGACUACAAAGAAAUAAGAAAAAGGAUGGACAGAUUUGACUAUGUAGGAAGUUUAAAGAUAAAAAUAAAGUUGAUAGGUAAUGAAAUGGAGUAAUAUUCACCACAUGUAUAAUAGUCAAAGGAUUAUAAUUAUAUAAAGAGCUCCUAGGAAUAAACAAGAAUGAAACAAGAAACAAUGAUAGAAAGGUAGACCAAACAUAUGAGCUGGCAGUUCAUAAAUGUAGAAAUACACAAAAUCACAGUUUAUAAAAGAUUUUUAAACUUUACCAAUAGUCAAAGAAAUACA